GCCUGUCCAUCAAGCUGCCUGGCUGAGAGACAGACACGCAGAAGUUCAUGUUUUCCUACUCACUCCAUCUCCUCGUCUUCUACCCGGGCAAGCUGUCCAGCCCUCUUUGUCUCGUGGCCUCAAAGCACAUUUUUUCCUUAACAAGCUGCGGUCGUCCUUUCCAGCCUUUUAAAUCCUCUUUCCACCUUCUGGACUGCCUUCCUCUUCCUUAGGAUACUGUUUUUAUUUUUCCUUUUGUUUGUACGCUUUUUUUUCUCCCUGCUCUCAUCUCGUUCUUUCAGUUCCACCGGUUCCCCUCCAUCCAUCCUUUCCCAUCCGUUCUCCUCCCUUCCUCCAUCUCUCUGCACCAUGCUCUCCUCUCCUACUGUGAUUCUCCAGCCUUAUGGACUGCCUGUUUACCCUCAAACCGCUUCCUGCUACCCCAGCAUUGUUCAGGGCGCCCCGGGUCAGGAGGCUGGGCCUGGCAGCGGGGACCCCUCCCUCCCCCAAGUCUAUGCCCCACCCCCCUCCUACCCACCCCCUGGACAAGCCCCACCCACUCCUGCCAGCAGACUUCCACCUCUGGAUUUUAGUCCCGCCCAUCCAGGUUCAGAGUACCAGGAUCACCACCAGCUAAGGGUUUAUCAAAGCUCCCAGCACGAGGGAGCGGAAGCCUUAGCGGCAAGCGGCACGGACGACCCCUUAGCCCCCGUGACUUCUGACCCACAGGCUCUCAGUGUCUCUGUGUCAUCGGGAGGUGGGGCAGGGGGUGGCGCAGAGGAGGAAGGCUCUGGAAAAGCUCAGCCAAAAAGGCUUCAUGUCUCGAAUAUCCCAUUUAGAUUCCGGGAUCCUGACCUCCGGCAGAUGUUCGGCCAAUUUGGCAAGAUUCUGGACGUGGAAAUAAUCUUCAAUGAGCGUGGCUCAAAGGGUUUUGGCUUUGUGACCUUCGAAAACGCGAUGGAAGCAGACAGAGCCAGGGAGAAACUGAACGGGACGAUUGUGGAGGGAAGGAAAAUAGAGGUAAAUAACGCCACAGCUAGAGUGGUCACUAAGAAGCCACAGACUCCACUGGUCAAUGCUGCUGGAUGGAAGAUCAAUCCAGUGAUGGGAGCAAUGUAUGCCCCUGAGUUGUACACCGUGGCCAGUUUCCCAUAUCCCGUGGCCACACCCACCUUGGCAUACAGAGGAUCUGCUCUGCGGGGGCGGGGGCGUGCGGUCUACAAUACCAUUCGCUCUGCAGCAGCUGCCACGCCCACCGCUGUCCCCGCCUACCCUGGGGUGGUGUAUCAAGAUGGUCUAUAUGGAGCAGAAGUCUAUGGAGGUUAUCCAGCCGCAUACCGUGUAGCUCAGUCAGCCUCUGCUGCUGCCGCCACCUACAGCGAUGGUUAUGGUAGAGUUUACACCACCGCCGCUGAUCCAUACCAUCAUACCGUGGGGCCCACAGCUACAUAUGGAGUGGGAACAAUGGCAAGCUUGUAUAGAGGAGGAUACAACCGGUUCACACCAUACUGAGCCCCUGGAGAUCCCACUGUGAUGUCACUUCCUGUCCAUCCGGUCCCAACACAUCAGAAGACGGGCUCUGACAGCAAGCUGAGGAAUGUUUCCCUUCGUGUCUGACAUACUGCCCGUAAGGACGCUAACUGUAUAUAAUGUAGCUGAGUAGUCGAAUAUUUAUUUAAGUAGAGAUUUGUGGAAAAGGGGUGAUUUAAAAUGUUUAUAUAAACUUUUUUUUUGAUAGUCAAAUUUGGUUUUGAAACCCCAAGUGCUACAACAAAUGAGGAGCUCUCUUGCACCAAGAGGUGUAAGUCAGGGCUGCUGCAGUCUGUGGGACAUUGUUCUUUUUGUAAUAGCAGAAACAAUGCAGUGGUACAGUGUAUCAAGCUUCCAAGCUGUACCACACAGGCACUCAAAUGGACAUGAGUAUUUACUGAACCUACUCAUUCUAUGGAUAUGACGACGUUUUAAAUUUGACUGUGUUUAAUUUUACUGAGUGUGCAAUAAUAUCUGCAGAGCUAGGAGACUCGACAAAGCUAGAGUCCUAAAUGUAGUGUCUGAGUGUGUGUGUGUGUGUGUGUGUGUGUGAGCAAACAGGACAGUGUGUAAAUAGUGAGGAUUUACCAAAAGUACAGGAUGAAAUGAAGCAACGACAAGUGCAGUGUUGAUGGUAAAUGACUCACAGAAAUUCUUUUCUCAAGAUGAUGAUGUCUGCUGCUCCUACUCUAAUCUCGCCAUAAAAACUACCUCUCGUUUUAUAUUUUGGUUACGUGAGUCCUUUCUCCGGUUAUGUCCUAAAUUAAGAGAAAGCACAGUAUGGUUAUUCCCAUCUGACUUUCCCGAUUCCCAUCCGACGGCACUCUUUUGCUUCUCUUCUGCUAUUCUGCUAUUAUCUUCCUUUUAUACUGUUUCAGGCCUUCCUUCCAAAAGUAACUGUAUGGCCAUCUUUCACUCUCUCUCUUUUCUGUUCUAUGUAGCAUUCUCUAGCUUUUAAAUCAAUAAACCUCUGAUUUCUCUGUUUUCUUA